AUGAAUGCGGUGAGGUCAGCGUUAGGCGAUAUGGUGAUAACCUUCUUCUGGGUUAUUCUCUCGUCGACGUUUAGGAUGCAGACGGCGGCGAUUAUUUCCGCCGCCGGGUUUCAUGGCAUCACUUGGGCGCCUCCGUUGGUUACAACGCUGGUCAUUUUCGUCUCCAUCUCGAUUUUUGCGGUUAUCGGUGACUUUCUCGGCGGCGCUAGCUUCAGUCCUUGCGGAAACGCAGCGUUUUAUACCGCCGGCGUUUCCGGAGAUUCUCUCUUCUCCUUAGCCCUUAGAUCUCCUGCUCAGGCAGUUGGUGCAGCAGGAGGUGCGACGAUGGUCAUGGAGAUGAUACCGGAAAAAUAUAAGUCUAUGAUUGGAGUGCCUUUAUGGAAAGUUGAUGCACACGUUGGAGCUGCUUCAGAAGUGGUUCUAAAUUUUUGUAUUACAUUUUUGGUUUUGCUAAUUAUCCUAAGAGGUCCUCGAAGACUCCUCGCUAAGACUUUCUUGCUUGCUGUCGCUACCGUCUCACUGUUUCUCGCAGGAUCUAAUUUCACUAGACCAUUCAUGAAUCCUGCCAUUGCAUUUGGGUGGGCAUAUUUUUACAAGUCUCAUAACGUAUGGGACCAUUUCUAUGUAUAUUGGAUCAGCUCCUUCACCGGAACUUUUUUAUCUGCGACGCUCUUUCGGACUCUAUUUCCACCGCCGCUGCCUCCGGCUCAGAAGAAACAGAAGAAAGCCUGA